AUGAUGAAUCCUUCCCAAUUAUCCCUCAAAGUCAUAUUCAUUUCCACAAGCCUUCUCUCGGUGGCGGUGGCUCUGAAGCUCUCGGUGCCAGCCAUCACCGAUUUCGCCGUCAGCGAAGUCCCGUCCAUUUACAACGGCAUCUUAUCCUGGCUCAAGCCUCCUUAUCUCUACCUCGUCAUCAACUGCAUCAUCAUCACCAUCGUCGCUUCUUCCAAGCUCCAGUCCAAGUUUGACCACCACCACGCGCCGCUCCCACCGGAGUCCCACCACGUGCCUCCCAUGCAUCAUCAUCCUCAGCUCGUCGUCCCCCCGCCUGUUCAGGCGGCUGAAGUCCCUCUGAUGCAGCCUCGUCAUCAUCUGAUUCCUACAGACAGCGACGUCGACGUGGUAUUGAGGGACGAACCGGUUGGCCGCGGUGUUGACGUCAGCGCGCCGCCGCAACCGGAGCCGGCGGUCACUGAUUUCGCGUACACUCGCAAUAGUUACAGCGAAUUGGUGGAUAGCUUAGAUGCUGGUACUAAGAGUAGUUUGGUGGAUUUGGAGUUGGAAAAUGAGUUUGUUAGCUCAAGCAACACCGCGGUGGAUGAUGCGCCGCCGCCGCCUCCUCCCCCGCCGGAGCUGGAAAUCAACGGUUAUAAGGACGAGUUCGUGAUUUCGAAGUCGACUAGUAUUAGUCGAAACGACUCGAUGGAGUUUGCGUAUUCUACGGAGAGACCGCCGAUUUCUUCCAGAUUCGGCCACCGCCGAGCUGUGAAAGCCAGUCCGGAAGGUGGGAAAGCGGCGCUAGGAGUGUCAAAACCCAAGAGGCAGGACACGCUGGAGAGCACGUGGAAAACAAUAACGGAAGGACGUGCGAUUCCGUUGACGCGGCACCUCCGCAAAUCCGACACGUGGGAGAGGGAGUCCCACCCUCACCGUGGUGGUCGGUACAACCACGUGCCCCCACCGCCGCAGCAUCACAACAUGUCCAAGUCCGAGACCUUCAACGACCGCGGUAGCCGGAGCACCAUUGGAGUCAACACUAAUAAUAAUAGUAAUAAUAGCAGAACACUGCAGAGAUCAUCGGGCGGUUCCGGCGGGAAGCUGAGGAAGGAACCGUCGUUGGGUCAGGACGAGCUGAAUCGACGAGUGGAGGCGUUCAUUAAAAAGUUCAACGAGGAAAUGCGGUUGCAGCGGCAAGAGUCGUUAAAUCAGUACAUGGAGAUGAUCAACCGAGGGGCUGCUCACUAA